AUGACGAAUGCCAAACCAAAUCUCAUGAUCAUUCAGCACUCGGCGGCAUACUCCUCUGCCGAUGGACGACUGGGCCAGGCCUACCACACCAUCAACCGCAUAACAACAAUCUCCCUCGAAAGGGGACAAAACCAAGAAACAUGUGCGACACUUGUCGAACAGCAAGAGGAGGAGGCUUUAGACGCACAGACAACCACGGGAAUAUCGGACUAUUACGGAACCUUGCCGCUGGCGCAUAGGGGAAGUGCCGAAAAGCUCCGAACAAGGUGGCAACGCAGCAAAUCAUACAAACUCUUCGCGGACCUGAAAGACACCAUCACACAGCAAUAUUAUCAAGGGCCAAAGUAG